AUGAUAUGCAGCGACGAUCCUAAUCAGCAUCCGCGCCAGGAAAGCACGAUUGAUUUUCCACCCACUCAUCCAGCUGAUUCUCCACAACCCACUUCCCCAAAUGCCGGUAGUAGUAUUAGUAGUAGUGGUUGUAGGAAAAGGGGGCACAAGAAAAGCACGCAUUAUUACUUUCAAGCGGGUGGAGAAGAGGCUCGAGAGGAAGAAGUCCUGUACCCGAACAAUUCAAUGGCCGUCGACCCACCCCAGCACUUCGCACCACCUUGGCAAUUUGAGCAGUCAGGCUUCCCAGUUUACACAACCAGUCAUGAAGGCCAGUGUCCGGGACUCUUUCCUCCACACCAGAGCAUCCUCAGUGUGAACCAUGUGCUCACUUGGAAUCCUGAAAGUGAUGAUGCAUGGAAAAAUAGUUCCCCCUUUCCCCCUGAGGCGUACGUCCAGGCCACCUCCACCGACUACAGCUCCUUCUGGCCAAGGAAUCCCCAUGAUCAACAAUUCGUGGGUGAGGAGACGAAACCCGAUUUUCUAUUCUACCCUCUCCCCCGAUCUGAAAAUAUUUACGAGGGACCCUUUAGACUUCCGACUGACGGUGGUGGCCAACACGCUUUUCAUGCCCCUUACGUGGAGGAGUACCUAACACAAAGUGAGGAAAUAAAAUCGCCGUAUUCUUUUCCCAUUAACGGCCACUUGCCGCUGGUUCAAUUUCAACCCGAAGACAACUCCACUGCCACGAUUUCAACUUCUUCUUUGGAAUCCGAAAUGAAUGUCACUAAUAACUCGAGUAGCGAAUCGGAGGCCAAAAUGAACCACCUCCUUCGUUCGGCUGGAUUCGAGUCUCUUCCACUGUGUUUCAAAGAGGGAGAGGGUUGGGUCGCUUCUCCCUACAUUCCGCCGCCGCCGCCUCCUCCUCCCGUGAGUGUGGCCAACUCCCUUCUCUCCGAACAGCUCUCAUCUAGUCGACCUGUCACGGAGGCCGCCGUUGUGAAAUCGCCGGUAGAGGACACCAUCUCUACGGGUUUUCCUCUUCUUCCACCUUUUUCGCUACCUGCAGCCUACCGCCUUAUUCCACCCGCUGAAAAUGCUGAGUUCGAGUUCUCCCAAGUGGGUCCCGAGUCCUCACCCAACUCGGGAGGUGAAAAUCCCCCUCCUCCGCAGGAGGAAUUUCCUUCCUCCGACGAUUUGGAACACUUUGCGAAACUCUUCAAACAACGGCGGAUUAAAAUGGGCUACACCCAGGCAGACGUUGGACUUGCUCUCGGCACACUCUACGGAAAUGUCUUCAGUCAGACCACAAUUUGCCGCUUUGAAGCGCUCCAACUGUCCUUCAAGAAUAUGUGCAAAUUAAAACCACUGCUUCAAAAGUGGCUGCAUGAGGCCGAUUGUUGCACGGGAACAACGAGUAACUUUGACAAGGUAACGACCCAGGGCAGGAAACGCAAAAAGAGGACAAGCAUUGAAGUGGGUGUGAAGGGAGUGCUGGAGGGGCACUUCAUCAGGCAACCGAAACCUGCUGCCCAGGAUAUCACGAACCUCGCUGAUACUCUCGGUUUGGAGAAGGAGGUGGUGAGGGUGUGGUUUUGCAAUCGGCGGCAGAAACAGAAACGCCUGAAUCCAGCUGCUUUUGAAAACGGCGGUGACACGAGUGAAAACUCCCUCCGAGGCGGGGAAGGCGGGUCCAACUACAGUAGCCCCCCUUUCUGUGGUGGUGGUGGUGGUGGGGAGCUGACUCACCAGAUGACACACUCGCCUUAUCCUACCGGUGGAAAUUUUUUUCAAGAAAAUUCCUCACAUAUCUACUUUGACGGGGGAUUCCCUCAGCCUGCUACAACACAGGCCUGUGAAUACCCACCACCUCCUCCCCCUUCCUGUCUAAUCCUCGCUCCACCCUCUGAGUACUCUCUGCCGCACUUACAACCAAUCGAAAAGCCCCCUGAGGUGGCCCCCUACCCUUCGACUCCACUGCCCGACACUGCAAUUUACUCAAUUUAA